AUGGCUUCUGGGGCCCUCACCCGAGAAUACGUUGAAAGCGCGAAAAAGGCAUGGCAUACAAUUAAAACUAUGGUUAACUUACCAGUCAUCAGCCCCUUCAAGAAACGCUACUCAUGGGUGCAGCUGGCUGGGCAUACAGGGAGUUUCAAGGCAGCUGAUAGUGGGAAGAUUCUAAAACGCUUCUCAGAGAAUGAAAAGGAGUGUUUUGAGCGAUUGAUGAAAGACCCGCUGCGCUCCUGUGUCCCUUGCUUCCAUGGUGUGGUGGAGAGAGAUGGCGAGAGCUACAUUCAGCUGGAUGACCUGCUUACUGAAUUUGAAGGGCCUUGUGUCAUGGACUGCAAGAUGGGGAUCAGGACAUACCUGGAGGAAGAGUUGACUAAGGCUCGUGAGAAACCAAAGCUGCGUAAGGACAUGUACAAGAAGAUGAUUGAAGUGGAUCCUCUUGCUCCUACAGCUGAAGAGAAUGCCCAGCAUGCUGUCACCAAACCCCGAUACAUGCAGUGGAGGGAAACUAUCAGUUCUAGUGCCAACCUGGGCUUCAGGAUUGAAGGGAUUAAGAAGGCGGAUGGAACAUGUAACACAAACUUCAAAACUACGAAGACACAGGAGCAAGUUCUACAGGUUUUUGUGGAAUUCAUUGAGGGCAACACAACUAUUCUGAAAAAAUACCUCAAGCGUCUGCAGGAAAUUCAUAUCAUUCUUGAAUCCUCAGACUUCUUCAAGCGACACGAGGUCGUUGGAAGUUCACUACUUUUUGUACAUGAUGGCAGUGGGAAUGCCAACGUGUGGCUGAUUGAUUUUGGAAAGACCACCCUUCUCCCCGAUGGGCAGACACUGGACCACAGGAUCCCCUGGCAAGAAGGCAACAGGGAGGAUGGGUACUUGUUGGGGUUGGACAAUUUGAUUGGCAUUUUGGAAAGCAUCACGGAAAGAUGAAUUGAGAAUGGCACAAAACUUAACAGGGCUGCUCUGUAACUUCCUGCUCUGCUGGGAUCACUCAGAAAGAAACCUUUAACUCCCUCCAAACUCUUGAGGUCAUCAGGGCAGAGGGAGCUGUAUCCAGAACCCAGCAGUCUGUGAUCAAAAUGACUUUGUAUCGGCCCUCUGUGAAGCUAAGUAACUCUAGAUUGGUUUGUAUUGCACCAGCCUAACCUCAGACUGGGCCUCAGAAGAUGGAGAUCUCCAUACUCAGGAAUCACACCAGCAUGAGUCAAGAGGUCUGUAUGGUAAACCAGAAUGAUUCUGAUUUCCGGCAAACAGAUGGGACUCUAGAUUACCUCUUAGUGAACCAGAGCAAGCUCGUGGGGAUUCAGGAAUAACAAAUUUUCAGGGUACUGCAUUGUUUUGAAACUAGCAAGAGCGUUGGGGUGGUGGUUUGUGUUUUUUUUCUGUCCUAAUUCCGAGUCUUCUUGCUCCUGCGUACGCUAUAGGUUGGACCAGCAACUUCUGCUGCAUUGUGUUACAGGGUGGACAAGGUGGAAAUGGGUGAUAAUCACAAGAAACCUGGAGCGAAGGCAGACAGCAGUUUGUGGUGGCUGGAUGUGGUAACUACUGUUGACCAUUCCUCCUUUUCCCUGCCCUAGCCUUGAUUGACUUCUAUCCAAGAACAGCCUUUGCUUUUUAUGUAGCCUCUCAGGAGAUUACAAAUAUUCUAGGGAGAGAAUAGCAGCCUAUUGUCUCCAAAAACAUUUGACUUUCAGAGUGGGGGGCUGUUGGAAAAGUGCCUAGCUUGGCAAAUUUGGCCUCUUGCAGCUGAACUGCCGUUCUGGAAAUCAGCAAGGACGCUUUCACACACAGACCAGGGAACUAAGGGUUUUUUCCAAGGCUUGUUUAUUUUUUAAAGCUAAA